UUUACCUUUUAUUAAGUUACCGUUUGGUUGUAUUUGUCAUUAUUUUGUCAUCAGAGCGUCUAGUGUACAGUAUAUAUAUAUUUCGCAGUAUUCCCAUCUGCAGACUGAGACACCACCCGCCUAUAGCUCAGCGUAGCCCUUUCAUUAGCAUAAUGAGAUCGUAGUAUUUAGUAGUAUUUUGCUAGAGCUGCCUGCGUGCUCAUCGGAAACAGCAACAGAAAUCGUAAAAUGCAUUAGUCAAAAGCAGCCAUUGAUCUGCGUGUGAAAUUUACUGGGUGCCUAAUGGGAUCGCCGGUUUGGGAUGACUUAGAGCAGUUUUUUAUAUAUACAAUAAUUUCUUGAUGCUUGACUCCUGACGUGGUCCCUCCCCCUGAGUCUGUGGGGAAGGAGGACUUCUCCUCUUACUCAAUGCCUGCUUUCGGGAUCAGUCUGACCCUCAACGUGCAACUUUCACAAGUGAACAGGUCCCCUGGUGCUAUAACAAUGAACCCAUUGCUGCUCUUUGCCUUCAUUUCCCUGGGCCUGGCCGAAAGCGUCGACCACACAAACAGCGACAGUGAGCAGUACAAGACCAUCUACGUCUCAGAAAAUGGGCCUCGUCUGUCCGUAGUGACGGAGCAGGCCAAAGUGGUCUCCCGCCGCGGCAGCAACGCCACGCUGCCGUGCAAAUUCAUCCGAGACCCUGGCCUGCCCCCCAACCCCAAGCUGCGGAUUAAGUGGACUAAGCUGACCUCGGACUACCUGAAAGAGAUUGACGUCUUUGUGGUCAUGGGCUACCACAAGAAAAGCUACGGGAGCUUCCACGGCCGCGUCCACCUGCAGGGGGCAGGAGAGGGCGACGCCUCGCUGGUCAUCACCGAAAUCACGCUGGAGGACUACGGAAAAUACAAGUGCGAAGUCAUCGAUGGACUGGAAGACAAUACCGGAGUCGUGACACUGGAUUUGCAAGGGAUUGUUUUCCCUUUCUUUCCACGCUUCGGCCGCUACAAUCUGAACUUCCACGACGCCGAGAGAGCCUGCCAAGAGCAGGAUGCUGCGGUGGCCUCUUUCGAUCAGCUAUAUGAUGCCUGGAGAGGGGGUCUGGAUUGGUGCAACGCGGGCUGGCUAAACGACGGUUCUGUGCAGUACCCCAUCACCCAGCCCCGGGAGCCCUGUGGAGGCAAAAACACCGUCCCGGGAGUGCGCAACUACGGCCUGCGGGACAAGGAGAAAAGUCACUAUGAUGUCUUCUGCUUCACGUCCAAUUUCAAAGGGCGCUUCUAUUACUUGAUACACCCCACCAAGCUGACAUACAGCGAGGCUGUGCAGGCGUGCCAGAGGGACGGCGCCGAGAUCGCCAAGGUGGGACAGAUGUACUCGGCAUGGAAGCUGCUGGGCUACGACCGCUGCGACGCAGGCUGGCUGGCUGAUGGGAGUGUGCGCUAUCCCAUCUCUCGCCCCCGGAGGCGCUGCAGUCCCACAGAGGCAGCGGUGCGCUUUGUCGGCUUCCCUGACAAGAAGCAGAAGCUGUAUGGCGUCUACUGCUUCAAGGCAUCCGACUGAGUGGAGAGAACACACACACACACACACACACACACACACAUACACACAAUCGACAACGGUUUUCACCUUACUAAAAUAAAAAAGACAAAAACAAAUACGUGGGAGUUACUCUUAAGUAGUACAAACGCAUUCAAACUGUGAUUUUUUUUUUAUUGUGCUAGACAAAAAAUAUUACAAAAGGAUCACUUUCAUACAAUAACAAACAUUUUUUGUAAGUUGAAACAAAUGUUAUCUCAUUGUUAAUCAUUCACAAAUAUUUUAAAUGUAAUUUUAUGUGGGAGUCUAUAAAAUAGCUUGUUAGCAGAGGUGGGUGGGCAAAAGGGAAAAUUAUUGCCACUCAUUGCUAUUACAAUACUUUACCGUUAAUUGGUGUGGCAUGCAAUAGCUUGAAAAGAUUGUUGGGACUGAUAUAAAAAAACAGUAAAGCUUCUCAAAGUCUGAACUGAUACUUUUAGUGUAGUCUUUUGUUUUGGAAAAGAAAAGCUAGAAAUGGUAAAUAAAAUGCCCAAUAUUGACUCUUUUUGCACAAAUAUAUACUAUGGCGCCAUGCGAUGGGUUGGCGCCCCAUCCGGGUUGUUCCCUGCCUCGCGCCCAUAGCUUCCGGGAUCGGCUCCGGACCCCCCGCCACCCUGAAUAUGACAAGCUUUUACAAAAAAAUCAAUGGAUGGAUGAAUAGAUGGAUGUAAACUACGGGGCCUGAUUAAGGAUGAGUCAUCAGAUUGAAUGUGCAGUUAUUCCAGAGUGCAACGUUAAUUUUUACUGUAAGGUGUUUGGACUUGUUUGUAAACCGAGUACAAUAAAUACCAGACACAUUUGCUCUCUUCAACCCAUCAUCUUUGCAGGGUGCUAUAUGGUAUAAUGUACUUUUAUCGUAUAUUUGAGUAUUUUGUCAGAAAUAUGGAAUUAUGUAUGUGGACCAAACUGCCAUUUUUCUUUUACAAUAACCUUUGGGUGAUCAUACAACAAGCCAUAAACAAUGUUGAUUAGCUAUGUGCAUUUUUUAAAUAGGAUAACACAAUACUACCAUAUUUCUUAUAUGUUUUAAGUAGUUAAACUAUUAGAUACAUGCAGUUCGUAAGUUCUUACUUUCCUCAAAUUAUAUAUAUUUUUUAAGUUUUUGCAGGACUGUUUGACUCCCAGUAUAGUUAAGAUGCACUAAAUGGUCGCUAGAACAGAAAUAAAGAAGGAUUUCUACUUAGCAUUCAAUAGCCAUGUUCAUUUGCUCCAAAACCAGAGUACUUGUUGACCAAAGUUGCCCUGCCAGUCAGAACUUUGCGUCCAACGUGCAAACACAUAAAAACGCCUGCCUCUAACUCUAGACCUCUGCACAGUGCUGUAUUGACAAGCAACCUACUGCUAACGAGUGAUCUUACACGACCCAAUGACUGCCAAAUGCGACCGCGGCCUUUUCGUGCUAGCAGGGAAACUGGCACAGGAACACACAGGGGUGGGCUUUUCCAUUUCACUCGAGGUCAGAUGAAUUCAUCUGAAGAGCAAAUAUCCAGAACUCACUCCAUGUUUUAAUGUUCUUGAGAUGAGACCACCAAUGACCUACAGAAAGCUUCCUUGUUACAGUACUGGGAAACAAAACUUACUCAGUCCUCACGUAAUCCAACAAGGAACCUUUGCUAAAUUACCAAAAAUCACAAUUCAGACAAAGGACUGAGUUUUUGAAAUUUGCUCUUCAUUUGAGGGAUUUCAAAUUUUUAGUGUUCAGACCCUAAACAACAGGAGUACUGCAGGGAACAGUUCAAGGGCCAGUUUAGCAUUCCUCUCAGCUGUUUUGUGAACGGUCAUUCAUCAGCUUUAACAGUAACGAAAAAGACAAUGAGAAUAUAUGUAGCAAAGCAUUCCUCCUUUAUUUCUGUACACAAAAACAGGGGAGCACAUGCCCCCUUAAAAGUAUCAAGUUAACUCUGAGUAGCUUUCUUGUGAUAUAUAGCUAUAUACUUUUAAUUUCUAUGAAGGGAGUAACAAUUAUAAUGCAAAAUUCUUACAAAUUGUAAAUUAACUCAGGGCAGUUACCACAACCAACUGCUUGGCAGAGA